CAGUUACUAUUUAGCAUUUAUUACUAAUCCCUACGGUCUACGGUAGUCGAGAAGUGCCAUAGACAAGUAUAUUAUAUGAGUAGUGCGUUAUUCCAUUGAUCCCGACCGUCGCUGAAAGUUGUUUUUGACAGUUUACGUGGGCACAGUCAUCAGUGGCGUUGUAGAACCGAUUGACAGCAUAGUCGCGACCGGCGGCGUAGGUAAUUACGAUAAACGAUCAUUGUUGUCGUCGCCACAACGACGUAGUAAUCACCCGUCAGACCGACGUCCGACAAACGUUUUUGGGGCCGCACGCGUCAACAUGGACGGAUCGACAACGAGUCCCACGAGAAAAAUGUCAAAAGCCGAUCAGCUCCUGUCGAAGCUACCACCGCCGACACUGUUGCCUAGUUUUGUCACAGACGCUCUGAAUGAGCCCAGACCUGCCCAAUCCAACCCAGUGUUGAACGCGACAGACGUGACUAGUCAAAACUUUCACACUCCAAUGUUUUCGCCCGUAAUAACCAGUAAAAAUGAAGAGAAUGUGGAAUUGCCCACGAGUCCUUCCAAUGAAGCAGUCGCUGAUAAAGCUGUUAAAAGUGAACAGUCAUCGAGCAAAGCGGAUUUGUUUAACUGGAUGAAGGGCAGUAGCUCUAGUAUUUUUUCAAUGGUUGCCGAAAAAGCAAAGAAUUCGGUGGACGCAGUACUCACAACAUUAGACCCGCAAAUGAAAGAUACAUUAAAUCCCAAUACUUUUGAUAGCACCGAUAUUGUCGUUGCUUCCGAAAAAGAAAUUGUCGUCAGUGCAGUAAGAGAAGGUUUUCAAAAAGUUUUUGGAAAGGCAGUCGUCAGAGGACUUGAAGCACCAGAUCAACCAUUUGCUGCACAGUUAGUUGGAUUUUCUGCCGCAUCCAAAGCCACAAGAUAUUGCAUUGAUUCCGUUAGAUUACAUGUGGUAAAAGGUCCUGUCAUUUCCUUUGAAAGAUUUAUUGUAGAACCAAUAGAAUCCAAAUGGUACGAAUUUGGUCUUAUGAAACUUAAUGACAUGGAACGAAAUAUAGAUUUAGAAGUGUACACCCAAAGCGUUCCUGUACCGGCGGCAAUUGUUGGAUUGAUAAGUGACGAUACGCCCAAAGAUUAUGAACACAUCUCAACCGGAUUCAGUAUACCAGUCGCACAUUUCAUGGCCAGCAACCUAAAAGUACAUCCAUCUGAGUGGCAAGAAGUAAUGACUGGUGUGAGCCAACGUUCAUCUUUAUUAGCUGCUUCAGUAUCUUUGGCCUCGGCGUACAAAAUUGCACUGGAAUGAUGACACUUUUAGUUCAGCUUGAAAACAUUUAUCAAUUAAUAUUUUAAUAUGAUUAUCGAUUAUUUACUGUAAUAAACUUUGUUAUCAACUUGUAUUUUUUCCCUCCCCCCAUGGAUUGUGAUUUUUAGUUGUUUUUUAUCGUGCGCACGCUGUUAUUAUUAGAUAUAUAUUUGUACAAUAUGUCUAUACUUAUUACUUAAUUAAAGAAUCUAAUUGCUA